CGCGAGGAGAGCAGAAUUGAGCAUCAAGUGAUUUUGCUUGAAAGCGCCGCCACUUCGCUUUCGUGCAACUUUUCCUGUUGUACCUCGACAGUUAAUUGAUUCUGCCAUGAUCGUUUCGCACUCACAUCGGCCACACCUGUCAAGAUCUCCUUAGAUUUCUCUCGCGAGCAAUUUCUACAUCCCCUCGAAAGAUUAAUUUGAGUAUCCUCUUGCUGCUAAAGGAGGGAGGAGUAGUAUAGUCCGGGAAAGCGGGCCAUGGAUGUCGAUCAUUAGUUUAUUUUAUUGGACCGAGUGCAAGACAGCAAUGGACAUAUUGGAGGGGAGAAUAUUGGUACAGAAGGCUUUGGAACAAAAUUGGGAGGUCCCUUACUUGCUAUAAGGAACCUCUCCUCGAAAAAGGUUCGGGAGAUUUCCUGGCCUCCACUCCGACAUAAUGCCGCCCGGUCCUUGUCAUGACUUGCGAAAGAAGUAUCCUUAUGUAAGUACAGCACGUAUGAGAACUACAUGCCCCAAUGUAAGUUGAAAGUUUCCUCUUUGUGUUCACUUGCUUUUCGAUUGAACGUAUGGACUCUUCUUGUUCUCUGUGGUCAGCCCACAGCUUCGUUCGAUUGUGGGGCCCUUGUUGCUGGACUUUUGGACAUUUGUUGGCCAUUUGGAAAGCAUGUGCAUGCGUUCUUGUUUUCGGCUUGAUGGCAUAGUUCGACAGCAGAUGCUACGUGAAGAUACUGAGUAACAGUCCACUUUGUUGUCCGAUCACUACAUAUGAAGAAGAUUAACAGUUUUCAAUUUUCAAGGGUUUGAACCAAUUCCCCCGUCAUGAGUUCUAGCGAUCACACAAUACUACUUGAAUUUAAAUUUAAAUAAUUAUUAAUUUGAGCGUUAAUAAUGUGAAACUAAUAAUUUUCCAUGGAUAAUGAUAAAUCUGAAGCUCCAUUUUAAAAUGAGAAAAUUAAUUUAUCAUAAUCUAUCUUUUUGUUGUCAUUUGAAUUUGCUACAUUACUAAAUCAUGGAUAGUUAUAUGCAUAAGUUAUUUGUAGAGGGAGUAAAAAGACUAUUGAAUAUUAUAUGCAUAAGUUAUUUGCAGAGUGAGUAAAGAGACAAUCGGAGCCUUUUGCUUUGAAAAUCAUUAACGAAACUAAAAGUUGCCUAGACUUGAAAAUUAAAUUCUAUUCAAAAAAUUAUACUAUUAAAAAUAAAUUUUUUAAUAAAUCUAUUAGUAAAAUUAAUAAUAAAAAAUAAAUUGUGAAAUAUUGCAAUACUAAAUAUACUAAAAUUUAUUUGUAUUUGUAUUUGAGAGUGAGCAAGAAGAAAUUAAAUCUUGGUUAAGGAUGCC